AUGAAUAGCGAAAACGAAAGCAACGUGGCCGAGGCCUUGCGGCUCCUUACCGCCCUCGAGGGCAGCGUUAAGGAGGUGGCCGCAAGCCUCGAUGCGAAAAUAAAACCGGAGGUGGCCGCCGUGAAAGUGGACAUUUUGGCGUCCCUGUGGCGGGACGGGAACGCCGCGCUGAUGCGCGUCGAAGGAAUCACCGGCCCCCAUCCGCGCAGGGGCCCCUUCACGGAGGCUUAUGCGGCAGCCAUGGCGGCUGCAAGCAGGUGCCGUGACGGAGCUGCCUCCAAGCCGUCCAUUUUGGACGCCACGAUGGCGGGGCAACCAUCGCGGGCAGACCACCUGCCACGCAUUGAGCUGCCCAAGUUCGAAGGAUCGCCCUCCGAAUGGCCCGCGUUCUCGAACCGGUUCGAGAAGCGCGUGGCCGGGCUGUCGGAGGAUUCCGACAAAUUCGCCUUCCUUCACAAGUGCCUCGAGCGAUGCGACAUCGCGAGGCACAGCUGCGAGGCAUUUGAGAACGCCGGCAUGCCGUUCGCCCAAGCUUGGGCCAAGCUGGAGGAGAGAUUCUAUAAGAAGCGGGUGGCAUUUAUGGGCCACAUCCGCAAAAUCCUCGAAUUGCCCAGGAUGAGCGCGCACGUAGUCCGGAGUAAUUCCAACAGUGAGGAUGCCUCCACCGAAGGUGCCUUCAAACAUGCACUCACAUGGAGUCAUUCCGGGAGUCAAACAUCUUCGGUCCAAACAAACAGGUCUACGCCGGGCUCCAAGAAUGCAGUCCGGAGCCAUUCCAUCAGUGACGAUGCCUCCACCAAUGCUGCCACAAACCAUGCCGUGCGGAGUUAUUCCACCAAUAAGGGUACCUCCACCCAUGCAGUCUCCACCAAUACUGCCUCAAAGCACGUAGUCCGGAGUAAUUCCAACAGUGAGGAUGCCUCCACCGACGGGGCCUUCAAACAUGCACUCUGGAGUCAUUCCGGGAGUCAAACAUCUUCGGUCCAAACAAAUAGGUGUAAGGCGGGAUCCAAGAAUGCAGUCCGGAGUCAUUCCAUCAGUGACGAUGCCUCCACCAAUGCUGCCACAAACCAUGCCGUGCGGAGUUAUUCCACCAAUAAGGGUACCUCCACCCAUGCAGUCUCCACCAAUGCUGCCUCAAGGCACGUAGUCCGGAGUAAUUCCAACAGUGAGGAUGCCUCCACCGAAGGUGCCUUCAAACAUGCACUCACAUGGAGUCAUUCCGGGAGUCAAACAUCUUCGGUCCAAACAAAUAGGUGUAAGGCGGGAUCCAAGAAUGCAGUCCGGAGUCAUUCCAUCAGUGACGAUGCCUCCACCAAUGCUGCCACAAACCAUGCCGUGCGGAGUUAUUCCACCAAUAUGGGUACCUCCACCCAUGCAGUCUCCACCAAUGCUGCCUCAAGGCACGUAGUCCGGAGUAAUUCCAACAGUGAGGAUGCCUCCACCGAAGGUGCCUUCAAACAUGCACUCACAUGGAGUCAUUCCGGGAGUCAAACAUCUUCGGUCCAAACAAAUAGGUGUAAGGCGGGCUCCAAGAAUGCAGUCCGGAGUCAUUCCAUCAGUGACGAUGCCUCCACCAAUGCUGCCACAAACCAUGCCGUGCGGAGUUAUUCCACCAAUAAGGGUACCUCCACCCAUGCAGUCUCCACCAAUGCUGCCUCAAGGCACGUAGUCCGGAGUAAUUCCAACAGUGAGGAUGCCUCCACCGAAGGUGCCUUCAAACAUGCACUCACAUGGAGUCAUUCCGGGAGUCAAACAUCUUCGGUCCAAACAAAUAGGUGUAAGGCGGGCUCCAAGAAUGCAGUCCGGAGUCAUUCCAUCAGUGACGAUGCCUCCACCAAUGCUGCCACAAACCAUGCCGUGCGGAGUUAUUCCACCAAUAAGGGUACCUCCACCCAUGCAGUCUCCACCAAUGCUGCCUCAAAGCACGUAGUCCGGAGUAAUUCCAACAGUGAGGAUGCCUCCACCGACGGGGCCUUCAAACAUGCACUCUGGAGUCAUUCCGGGAGUCAAACAUCUUCGGUCCAAACAAAUAGGUGUAAGGCGGGAUCCAAGAAUGCACUCCGGAGUCAUUCCAUCAGUGACGAUGCCUCCACCAAUGCUGCCACAAACCAUGCCGUGCGGAGUUAUUCCACCAAUAAGGGUACCUCCACCCAUGCAGUCUCCACCAAUGCUGCCUCAAGGCACGUAGUCCGGAGUAAUUCCAACAGUGAGGAUGCCUCCACCGAAGGUGCCUUCAAACAUGCACUCACAUGGAGUCAUUCCGGGAGUCAAACAUCUUCGGUCCAAACAAAUAGGUGUAAGGCGGGAUCCAAGAAUGCAGUCCGGAGUCAUUCCAUCAGUGACGAUGCCUCCACCAAUGCUGCCACAAACCAUGCCGUGCGGAGUUAUUCCACCAAUAAGGGUACCUCCACCCAUGCAGUCUCCACCAAUGCUGCCUCAAAGCACGUAGUCCGGAGUAAUUCCAACAGUGAGGAUGCCUCCACCGACGGGGCCUUCAAACAUGCACUCUGGAGUCAUUCCGGGAGUCAAACAUCUUCGGUCCAAACAAAUAGGUGUAAGGCGGGAUCCAAGAAUGCAGUCCGGAGUCAUUCCAUCAGUGACGAUGCCUCCACCAAUGCUGACACAAACCAUGCCGUGCGGAGUUAUUCCACCAAUAAGGGUACCUCCACCCAUGCAGUCUCCACCAAUGCUGCCUCAAGGCAUGUAGUCCGGAGUAAUUCCAACAGUGAGGAUGCCUCCACCGAAGGUGCCUUCAAACAUGCACUCACAUGGAGUCAUUCCGGGAGUCAAACAUCUUCGGUCCAAACAAAUAGGUGUAAGGCGGGAUCCAAGAAUGCACUCCGGAGUCAUUCCAUCAGUGACGAUGCCUCCACCAAUGCUGCCACAAACCAUGCCGUGCGGAGUUAUUCCACCAAUAAGGGUACCUCCACCCAUGCAGUCUCCACCAAUGCUGCCUCAAGGCACGUAGUCCGGAGUAAUUCCAACAGUGAGGAUGCCUCCACCGAAGGUGCCUUCAAACAUGCACUCACAUGGAGUCAUUCCGGGAGUCAAACAUCUUCGGUCCAAACAAAUAGGUGUAAGGCGGGAUCCAAGAAUGCAGUCCGGAGUCAUUCCAUCAGUGACGAUGCCUCCACCAAUGCUGCCACAAACCAUGCCGUGCGGAGUUAUUCCACCAAUAAGGGUACCUCCACCCAUGCAGUCUCCACCAAUUCUGCCUCAAAGCACGUAGUCCGGAGUAAUUCCAACAGUGAGGAUACCUCCACCGAAGGUGCCUUCAAACAUGCACUCACAUGGAGUCAUUCCGGGAGUCAAACAUCUUCGGUCCAAACAAACAGGUGUAAGGCGGGAUCCAAGAAUGCAGUCCGGAGUCAUUUCAUCAGUGACGAUGCCUCCAUUUUGGACACCACGGUGGCGGGGCAGCCAUCGCGGGCAGACCACCUGCCACGCAUCGAGCUGCCCAAAUUUGAAGGUUCGCCCUCCGAAUGGCCCGCGUUCUCGAGCCGAUUCUAG